AUGCUGUCAGAACUUCCGACGGAACUUACAGAACACAUCACAGGUGAUCUUGACCUUGACUCCUUCCGCUCUUUCCGGUUAGUCUCCCAUUCGCUUAAUCAGCAAUCUCUCCAUCAAUUCAGGCAGCGUUUCUUUCGCACGCGAACAGUUGCAUGGACUAUUGAGAGUCUGGAUCGGCUGACUCACAUCACUGCCGACUCGUACUUCGGACGAAGCCUACGAGAUUUGGUAGUUGACUCCACCCCACGAUUUGCGAUCAGGCUGUGGGAGCUCGAGAAAGGAAUCAUUGAAGCCGAUCUCCAACAAGACCAGCACAGACGAAAUGACGCGCAAGCACGUUACAGUGAGGUUGAAGCCAGAUUCGAGCAAAUCACCCGAUUCUGGAACGAAACUCGACAUGACCGCAAGGCGCUCACUUCCGUUUUCGAGCACAUAGGAAGGCUGCAGUCCAUUGUGUUUGCCUAUGAUGGUAUGAAGAAGAACUUUCUACUCUUUGGCCGCCGUUAUUGCGAAAGCAGUCAGAAUGAGAUGAGUCGACCUCUGGUCUCUACUCUUGCGGCUGUCGCAAUGUCCAAACUCAUCGUCCAGACCAUCAGCAUUGAUCCAGGACGCAGAUAUGGUGCCGUCAGCACCGGCCGGCUCGAGAGCCUAUCGCCCUUUCUCGUCAUUUUUGACGAUAUCUUCCUCGGGCUGAAAGUCCUGAAGUUGAAUAUUCGUGACUGGAGAUCACCAGACGAUGGCCUCGAGAUGCCAAAUGGGAAGACAUCGUUCUUGGUGCGGUUCCUUGGAAAGCUGAGAAACCUGGAGUCAUUGGAUCUCUCCUGUUUCAGCACCCUGGAAGAAAAUAUACUCUCGGAGAUGGCGCUUCACUGUAAAUAUCCGCGCCUAAGGACGUGCAGACUUCAUCUCUUCAGAGUACCCAGCGCGGACGACUUGCUGCGAUUCCUCGAGCCCGCUCGUGGAUGGCUGGGUUCACUAACACUGUCCCAAUGUGUGAUGAGAGAUGGGGAGUGGAGCCAGGCUAUGGCCGAUAUUGCUUCGGAGCUUCGACUAGAGUACCUUGAGCUGAGCGACUUGUUCACGCGAAUCGGGGCCAGGGUCGGUUUCGACGGCACGAUGCGUCGAACGCUCGUGAUGAGGGGACCAGAUCUCGAAAGCCAACUGAUGUAUCAGUCUGAUCGUCUUAUCAGUGGAAAUUGGGGUCCGGCCUGGCACCUGGCAGCGGUAGCAUACCCUUUCAUCGGCUUACAUGCUUAA